UACGGUUUACUUGGUAAAAAAAAAAACUAUUGGGGAGGACUUCUUGAUCUUUAUACCUGUACACCUGUGGUACAGGUGAAAAAUUAAAUGUUUAUGUCCAAGAGGCCCAUCGAACCCCAGUGCAGCCGACCGUGCGUGUAUGUUCCCGAAUGUUGUCCCUUUAUAUCUAAAUCCAUUAACAUGUCCGUAUAUAUUUGAUUAAACCUCGCUUUCGUCCAACACCAUUACAUACCUGCCCUGCUUUAUGAGUUACUGGACUUCAUAUUGAUUUAAAAAUUGGACACAACCUUGACCGAGCACUAGCCAGGAAUUUAAAAUCAUGGACUCUUCGACACCCUACUUCUUUUGUCUCGGUCUAAGUAGAAAUGGAUUAGGACAAUGCAUUGAGAUUGACACAACUCUAUGUUGAAUUCCAAUGCACGUUGUUGUAAUGGUAACGUAAGAUAUUUUGCCAAGAUGGAAAUCACAGAGGGACCAGAGGGACGGAAUAAAUCAUGAAUCUUUUAGGAACUGCCGGAGCAAUCUUUCUGGUUAUUCUUAACAUAGUAGUUAUUCUUCUAGGACUUGGACUAAUCAUCAUCGGAGCCCUAAUUUACAAAGAAUCUGGGCUAGUUAAUGACGACAUAUCUCCUGUUCUGAACGCCAUAACUGGUGGAGAUUUUACCUUAUCAGACCUCAUCAAAAUCAUCGCUAUUGUCAUCAUUGUCAUUGGAGUAUUUACUUUUCUGGUUUCGGGGACUGGUAUCGUCGGAACCUGUGGACAAUACCGGCCAGUACUCGUAGUCUAUGGAGUGAUAGUGUUUUUGUGUGGAGUAGGGGAAAUCUGGGUUCUUGUGGAGGUGGCAAAGCUGAAAAACAAACUCAACGAUGCUAUCAAAAGAGAGUUGCUAAAGGUGCUGUCUUAUUACAAAGGCUACAAUAUAGACGUCAUCUCCAUCGCAUGGAACCUCAUAUUUUACCUGUUUGAGUGUUGUGGAGUGAACAAACAAUCUAGAGUAGAUGACUUUCAGUCAACAGCGUGGUCUAGAGGAAGUGACGUCAUUCCUGGGUAUUGUUGUAGAGAAGCAACUCUUCUUACGGCAUCUACAUUGAAUGGAACUGCAUGUACAACAAAUCCUACAUAUCAGAAUGCUUAUGUAGAGUCUGGUUGUUACGACUUUCUCAAUGACAGACUUACAAGCUAUAGUGACGGUGUGAUUUCUGUCGCUACAUUCAUCUUACUCACAGAGGUGAUGGCCAUUAUUGCUUCCCUGAUUUUGUUCUGGCAAAUAACUGUGGAUGUGGAUCGAAAACGAGGCGCUCAGAGAUCAGGAAGAGUCGCUGAUAUUUCACUCAACCAGAGAGCAUACCAGGUCGGCAACCAGUCCGGACAGGAAACAAUAGUUAUUUCAAAUACAGCCAAUGUUUGAAUGUUUCAGAAAUUUUUUUUACUUCCGUCUAUACACACAUGUAGAGUGCAAUGCUUCUUGUUUCGUUGUUGAGAAGAAAUGAACAAACAAGCACUUUCUGUGAUGAUAGGAAAAGCAGUAAUUAGGAUCAUCAGUAAAUUAGAGAAUGCUGUUUUAAAAUUGGUGAUUUUGCAUCCGUUAUUUGAAUCUUUGUUUUAUUUUUAUGGUAAUUGGUAAUUGUUCUUAUUGAAAAAUAUGUAUCUUAUCUUUUAAUGUAGAGAAUUUCAUCGCAUCAACACCUAGUGAAGAUGAAGUUAAUGAGUGGUUAACGUUUACAACACAACUGCUUCACUGUUAGUUAUAUCAUGAGAGUAUUUUAUAUGACGAGCAAGAUAAUAUUCAACUGUUAUUCUAUGCAUGUGAUAA